AUGAGUCCCAAUUCUGAUGAUGCUCGUCAAAUGACGAAUGAAAGCUCAGCCCGUCUUCGCCCUAAACGUUGGAGGAUUUCUCGUAAACUGCAUCAACCAGAACGGCUGCAGUACAACGCGAAUCAGCUGACGUCUUCUGUUGAUAUUGACAUACCAAUCUUUUCAUCAUGCACUUCCACACCAAACGAAACCGUUCCCAUCAAGUAA